CACAAACAGAUAGAGAGAGAAAAAGUGGGCGCUUGUUUCCCCCCCUCUCCUCUCCCUCCAGCUUUAAAAAGUGAAACAGCCCUUUGAAGAGGAAGAGAGGGGGGCAGUCCUUUACUCCCAUCCAGCCUGGACUGCACGGAGCAUUUAGUGAGCCGACCAUAACCCAGAUACCAGACACAACACAAAGCUGCGGCCAGAGAACCAGCUGAGGACCUGACAGAGCACAGGCAUGAACGACAUCAAGUUGGCCUUGCUGGGAAGCCAGGGGGCUGGGAAAUCGGCUGUCCUUGUGCGGUUCCUGACCAGGCGCUUCAUUGGUGAAUAUGCCUCAAACGCCAAUUCCCUGUACCAUAAGAGGCUGUCAAUCGAUGGCAGGCAACUGAAUUUGGAAGUUUUUGAUCCUUGUUCUCAGAGCUCAGAGGCCAGGUGUAUACUGGAGGAGCCGGUGGACUGGGCAGAUGGCUUUGUUGUGGUGUACAACAUCAGCGACCGCACUUCCUUUAUCAAUGCCAAGAACAUCGUGCGGCAGAUUCGGGAGGCACGGGCAGACAACUGCAAAGGGGACACGGAGGUUCCUGUGUGUCUGGUGGGCAACAAGCAGGACCUGUGUCACGCCCGGCAGGUGCGAGAGGACGAGGGCCGCUGCCUGGCUCAGGAGAACCGCUGUCACUUCCAGGAGGUUUCAGCAGCCGAGAGCUACCAGGACAUUGCCAACCUCUUCACCCAGCUCAUCCGGCAGGUGAUGGAGCACCUCAAGUACAGAGCAGACCGACGACGGUACAGCGGCUCCAAGUCUAUGGCCAAGCUCAUCAACAAUGUGUUUGGCAAGAGAAGGAAGUCAGUGUGACAGUUCCAGUGAAGUCAAUAGCUAUUCAGCUGGAAUGGCUGGGAUGUUAUGUUUGGACCCAUAUUAAAGGGAACUGGCGAAGAAGUUACAUGGUGGGUCUUAGUGUUUAGUACAUACACUACACAGCGGUCCAAACAUUAAACCUGCGUCCACACUGUGAGCAAUUUUCAUAGUUGGUGGGAAGGUUUGGAUGGUGUCUGUGGGUCUACAACAUUUACAGAUAGACAUUAAUAACCCUCUUUGACAAGUUUUGUGGUUUGACUUGGAUACAUUUCUCUGCAUUGAGUUAAGUCAACUUUUUAGAAAAGGACCUAUUGUGUUAUCAUGUGAUUAAAGUGAAGCAUGUCAUUGGUUUCCAACCUCAGGGUCAGGAGCCUAAUAAUAGUCGCAAGAUGAUUAACAGGACAGGACAGCAUGAAAACCUUAAAGAUGGGCGACGAGGAUCCACUUUCUCCUACUGAACAAAGAUUAAGCCAGAAUAUUCUGGAUAUGGGUGCUGCUGACUUGCGCUGGUGAUCAUUUGGACCCAGAGUCUGUGCAGUAGGCUAGUGGUCGGGGUGGGAGCUGCGUAGCCUUUCACGGUCUCGCCCAUAGGCUACACCCCGCCAACUCAAUUGCAAGAAGGGCUCAAGCAUCAAUCGUGAUGUAUAGCCCCCCUUUAAUAGCAUCAAAUAACUAGGCUAAUCAAAACCAACCUUAUCAGAACUUGAAGAUAAAUCAACCUGAUAAGGAAUAGCUUACCUAAAAUUACAGAAACUAUCUUUGGGAAAAAUGUUUUUGACGUGUAGCCUUUGAUUUUUUUGUUUGGCUCCCAUUCUUAACAUGAAGGUGGCAGGGUUUAUGACCUAACCCAUACCUCAGCCAGCCACCAGGGGGCAAUAAAGAUGUUUUGGUUCCCCCUCAGCGUACCAGUAUCAGUACCUCAGCACCACAUAUCUAUCAUUUGAUCCUGUACUUUUGUGAGUAUUAACAAAUUAUUCUUUGAAAUAACUUGUUCCAUUUAAUUGCCCUGAAAAACUACACAGGAUGUUUCACCUAUUCAUACAAUGCUGGUGAUUAUGUGGGGUUGUAAAACUACCGAUAAGAAUGAUAAAAAGGAAGAUUGUCCCGCUCAGGUCAAACAAAGCUAUAAGGACAAUGUCAAUCAAGCACAGUCUGCACUUGCUCACACAGUCCAAAAACACCAAUGGUGUGUAGCGCCUCAAAUUUUUCAAAUACAAUGUUUAUUGGUGUGUUCAGUCCGUUGUAGCAGACCUUUGAUUAAAUGUGGCCUAAAACUAUCAAAGUUAUGACUAAAAUCAAUAAAUGUAUUAACUUAAUCAAUCACUUAAUCAAGACAAGUAAUGUCAUCCAGAGCCAGCUUUCAUUUCUUAGCAUGUUUUGAUAUAGACAAAAAGCUACAAACCUUCCUGCUAUUUUCUAAGCAUAAUCUAUUGCUGUUGUUUUUUCACAUGACGCUUUGAUUGGUUGUAAUCAGCUUCUCCACCAUCUUUUACUCGUCAGACAUAUAUUUUUUAUUAUUAUAUAAAAUCACAACAUGGAGGAAUGCAAGUCUGAUAAGCUGUUAGCGAGUCAUGAUGAAAUGUUCAGCCAACUUUUCUCCACCACAGUUUGCUCUGAAACUCCCUAAUCAAUGUGCUCACAUUAUGAACUCAGGGUUACUGACUGUCCCUGUUGUUGGCACUUAACUUAAUGAACAUUUUAUGUAUAUAUAUAUAUAUUACUGAAAUAUAUAUAUAUUUAUCAUAGUAAUGCUACUCUUUGAAAGAAAUAGUUUAUUUGUUUGUUUAUAGUUGAUUAUUAUACUGUUGAUUGUAACAUGUCUUACUCUCUCUAUAUUUCCAUAUGGUAGCUAUGACUAUACAGAAUCAUUUAAAUUCAUUACAUUAAUGUAUGUAACCUUUUUAUCUGAUAUAUUGUGCUUAUAUUAAUUGGUAAAUUGAAAAAUUGUUGUAUUUACUAGGUCUUUUCACAGAAACCAAAUGAUUGAAAAAUAUCUCGAACGCGAACUCAAGACUUUCAAACUUAAUAAAACAUUAUAAAAACACAAACACAUACCAAUUAAGGGCAUGAACUCAUUUAAUGCUGUGCUGUUGUUCUCAUUAAAUACAGUUAUGUCACCACGAUGCUGUGAAGAAACACAGUACCACACAUGGUGAAAAAUAAUUUCACAUAUACUGUGUUUUGUAGAUGAAAGUUUCUUUUGUAAAUACUGUAAAAACAGUGUCUAUUCCAGAGGAAAUUAAAGUUCAACAUUGCUUAAUAA